AUGUACCAGCCUUGCUCCAGGUUCAGGGCGCUGCCAUACCUUCAGCCCCGCCCCGCCGCAAGCCCAACCCAGAGGCUGCUUAUGGUUUCCCUAAAGUUCCUGGGCCCUGGACAUCAGUCCGCGGAGGAGCAGCGUCGGGCCGUGGCCAGGGCCCGCGGGCUGGAGCUGGCCGAGGCUCUGGCGCUGGGGCCAGGCUGGAGGCAUGCCUGCUAUGCGCUCCUGCACGCGCCUGACCCGGGGAUUCUCUUUGGCCGCCUCCCCCUGCGCUACGCCAUACUAAUGCAGAUGCGCUUGCUGGGCUUCCCUGGCGGAUUCGUGGACUCGCCAGACAGCAGCCUGGAGGACAGGCUGAACCGUGGUCUGCUGGAACAGCUGGGCGAGGCGGCGGCCGCCUUCCGUGUGGAGCGCCCUGACUACCGCAGCUCCCCCACUGGAUCAGAUGCCAAGUCUCUGACGCUCGAGCAGCUGUCGGCUGUGGAGUCCAGCGCAACAGGCGCCAAGGACCACGGACUGGAGGUGGGGCCAGUCUGGGACCCUGCUCCGUAUCCUAUUCCUUUCCCUUAAAUGCCUUCGUUUGCCUCAGAAACUCUUUUCGGAUUGAGGUCCCCGUCUGUCAGAAUUUGCCCUCUUCCCCAUUUUCUUGGUGGAGUUGAGAUCUUGGUCUUCUCUUAUUGAAUGGUACUGCCAACCUAAGUUCCCGGGAAGAUUUCCACCCACCUCGCCCUUUACUGGGCUCUGGAGAGAUUUUUCUAGAAUACACUUAUCCACAUCUCUCAGCUGCUCUCUGUUGAUAAUGUGUAAGUGGCCAGGCAUCUACCCUAGUCCCUUAUUGUUGGGCCUCUGUUUUUCUUAGGAAGAAGAUAUGGCCCUAAUACUUAAGGCCAGGGUGGGAGACAGAUUGAAUACGGAGGUGGUUCUCAAAUUUUGUCAAGUAUCAGAAUCAUCUGUGAGGCUUAUAAAAACAAAAUGACUAGAUUCUACUCCCAGAAUGCUGGUCGUGGGUGAGGAAAGCACCAGCUUCCACCACUCCCAAGUCCUGGGGGCAGGGGUUCAGAAAUCUGAGAAUUUGUUUUUUUCAAAAGUUCCCAAGUGAUGGUGAUAACACUGGUCUAGGUUUCCCAUUUUGAGAACCAUUGUUGCAGGGUUAAGCAUGACUUUUGGCGUUAGGAGCCAAUAGAGUUUUAGGGGACAGAUGUCAUAAGGAUUAACAUUGAUGGAGCUGGAUAGCAUGUCUUGGGUCAUUUGUAGAGCGUUUGGUCCACUGGGCCUCCUUUAAAUAGGAGCCUUGGGCUUGUUUCUGCUGGAGUAUUAAGGGUUGAGGCAUCUGCUCUAGAAAGAUCUGCUAAAGAGAGGAUGGAGGUAGUGACAUGAGCUACCUGGAGUCCCAGUGUCUCCUGUCUCCUUACUUUUACAGGUGCUGGGCCUGGUGUGAGUGCCCCUGUACACCCUGCGUGAUGGUGUGGGAGGCCUGCCCAUCUUUCUGGAGAAUUGCUUUAUUGGUGCUGCCCGGGAGCAGUUACUGGAUACCCUCCACGACUUGGGAGUGGUGGAAGCUGGUGCUUUCUCAGGCCUUCAGAUCCCAGUUCGUCUGAGGCAUCCCUCUGUGGACUCGGGGAACCUGAGAUGAGGACUUUGGUACAAGGAAGGGAAUGUUUUCUCUUCUGGACCUAAAGAUGAUACCAAAUUAAAAGAAGAGAUGUAUAUCAUAUGUUUUGAGCAGAGGACCCUCCAAUUCAUGGGAUCAGGGACAAAAAUCCACAGCUCAUCCCAGGGGCCCUGGCAGGUUCUCAGAGCCUACCUCCUCCUUGUGCAUUUGCAUACAGCCUGGUAACCCCCAGACAUGCAUAUGUACAAUGU